AUGUCAAUCAAAAAGGCUAUUUUAGACAAAAACGAUGGCAACGAUGUUGAGAAGUCCGAAUACGUAAAUUUAAUCCUCGAUGAUAUGAGCAUUGGCGACAUAAACGAAGAAGAUAAACAAUUUUUAGAGGGGUUUAAAGAAACGUAAUUCCUCUCUCUAAACUCCACACAGCUUAAAUCACUGUAAAAUUUGCCGAAACUCAUCAAGCUAGAAAGACUCGAAUUAAGUGACAAUAAAAUCGGUGCCUAUUCAGACUCAAUGCUACGCCUAGUUCCAGAACUAUAUGAAAAUUUAAGAGUACUCAAAUUAUCAAACAAUUAGAUCAAGACAUUUGAAGAGAUAACUGAUCUUUCCAAAUGCGAAAAAUUAGAAUCUUUGGAUUUAUCGAAUAACCCAAUUGUAGUAGAAUUAGGCGAGGAAUACACUAAGAAAAUAAGAGAAUUGCUCCCGAAGUUAGAGAUCCUUGAUGGCUUUAAUAAAGAAGGACUAGAAGUAGUUAGUGAAGAUGAGAGCGAUGAGGAUGAUGAGGAUGAAGAAGGAGAAGAGGGAGAAGACGAUGAAGAAGGAGAUGAUGAAGAAGAGGAAGGAGAAGAUGGCGAGGAAGGUGAUGAUGAUGGAGAAGAAGGAGAAGAAGAAAUGGACGAAGAAGAGGAAGGUGAAGAAUAAGAAGGAAUACCCUUAGAAGGUGACUAAUAAAUGGUUGGAAAGAAAAGGAAAGCCAGUGAAAAAGUAUCAGCUGGUGGAAUAACUGCUGACUCAGAAUUAGAUGGAAGUGGCAAAGAUGCUACAAAGAAAAGAGUGAAUGUUGAACCUACCCCAUGA